AUGAGAGCGAAUAAGGUUGGGAACGGAGUGGAGACAUCUACCGACAAACUACCCUCUCCUCAAGUAUUUGGAGACAAAAGUUAUAAGAUACUGAGAGAAAUUGGGAGUGGAUCUUUCGGAAAAGCCUACCUCUGCGAAAAAAAGGGUAGCAAGUAUGUCAUGAAGCGGAUAAAUAUGAAGGAGUUGAGCGAUGAAGAAAAGCAAGGAGCAUUGCUUGAAGCACAAAUUCUUCAAAAACUCAAGCAUGACAACAUUAUUGCAUAUAAGGAAUAUUUUAUUAGUUCAGACAAGUAUCUCAAUAUUGUUAUGGAUUAUGCUGAUGGCGGUGAUUUGUUUACAAAAAUCAAAAACGCUCCAGGCUAUUUUUCAGAAGAACAAAUUCUGGACUGGUUUGCCCAAAUUGCCCUCGGGCUGAAACAUGUACAUGACAGCAACAUUUUACAUAGAGAUCUUAAAACUCAAAACAUAUUCUUAACGAAAUCGGGAAAGAUUACAAUUGGAGAUUUUGGAAUUGCAAAAAUUCUAAACUCCCAAACUGAAUUUGCAAACACGGUCAUUGGAACACCAUACUAUUUGAGCCCUGAAUUGUGUGAAGACAAGCCAUACAAUCAAAAAAGCGAUGUUUGGGCCUUAGGAUGUGUCUUGUAUGAGUUGACAACUCGGAAACAUGCUUUCAACGGUCAGAAUUUACCUGCUCUUGUUCUCAAAAUUUUAAAGGGUACUUAUCCUGCUAUUCCUCCAGUUUACAGUAGCAAUCUGAGUGAGCUAAUUUCUUCCAUGUUACAAAAGGAUCCUGACCUUAGACCAAGCAUGAGUGAAAUAUUAUCUCUUCCUUUCAUUCAGGAGAGGGUUUUUAAAUUUAUUAUGAACAAGCAAAAUGCAUCUCGAUCGAAUAGUGCUCUCGAAGGUUCCUGUAAUCAAGAGGAUUCCACUCCGCGACCAGUGGUACCCCAACAGGACUCGCAAGGAGCAUUGGAUCAAAAAGCACCAAAAAAAGAUGCACGAUGGUUGCAAGAAAAACAACGAGAAAUGGAUGCGCUUUUCAAGCAAUUACAUCCAUCGAAACAAGUUCCUAUUGAUACUCUUUCCAAGCUCCAAAUACGCAAACACAUGCAAGAGCGAAGUGAACUCAAAAAAGAAAAACUGAAAGGACGAAAGGAAUAUUACGAGCAACUGCUGGACAAGAAGCAUAACAAACCAGUCAUAGUCACCGCCAGCGUACAAAAUCAACCUGUAACAAACUCGCAACAGCCUCCACCCAUUCCUCCUCGGGUGUCUCUGCCCUCAAAUAUUGUACCCUCAAAAGCACAACCACCACUUGCUCAAAAACAACCUCAACCAUUCAUCUCUGAAAAAAAAUCUCCAAAACGAAAUGAGGAACGAUCAAAAGCGAACAAACCAUCUCAAGAGGACAAUGAAAAAACUGUAUAUACGCUGGAAGAAAUUUUGAAUCAACAAGUUCACCCGCAUCAUCAACCACAACGAAAACCUCCUCCACUCAAAACAAAAUCCUCUGAAAAUAAUGUUGCGAUCAUGAACAACAAUAGAGCCAAACCCUCUGAAAACGUUAAUGCAAUUUCAAAAGAAGAAGUCAGAAAAGAUAUCAAAAACAAACAAGACAACGACAGACAAAAGUGGCUCAAUAAUAUGAAUGGUAACGAAGCUGAAGAUCGAAAAAAGAAAUUCCUGGAAGAGAAAAAGGAAGAAAAGAGGAGAAAAAAAGAAGAAGAAAAACGAUUAAAACUCGAGCAUAAGAGAAAGAUGGACGCCAUCAAAGGACGGAAAAAUCAAGUUCGUCAACUGUUUGGUUUGGAUGAAGGAUCUCCAACAAGCAUGGAUGAAUCUCGAUCAUUGGACAACAAGAAGCAAGACGAUCAGCCCAAAGUGAUGGAACCCACGGAAGUUGAAUUAAUGAAAAAGAAAGAAGAAGAAGAGAAGGAAAGAAAACGAAGAGAGCAACUAGAUAAACAGAGACAAGAUUUUAAGGAUUUCAUUAAGAAUCAAAAGAAGAAAAAGAAAGAGGAGGAAGAAAUUCCAGUGGAGAUUGCAAUUCCUGCCAUGUCUGAUCAUACUCAUCUGACGCGAGUCAAAGAAAAUCUCGAAGAUUCAACAACCCCAGUGAGCGUCUCCAUCUCGCCCAAGAAGAAGCCCUCUCCAAAACAAGAUGUUGGGGUUGUCAUAAUCGAAUCCAAGCCAAAGCAUGAAAAGGUAAAAGCAUCUCCUUCUAAAGAAGCCAAUUCACACCAGUAUGAAGAUUUAGACUUGCUCCCUUCGAAGGAAGAUAAUUCAACACCACCAGCAAUCUGUUUAACGCCAUCCACAUUGGAUAGAAAUAAGGGCACACCCGUUCAACUCAAGUUUCACACACCGACAAGGAAAAACGAAAUUGACACAUCUCAGCUCUCACCUACAGAGCUAGAAAAUUUAAGAAAGAAACAAAAUGAAUUGGGUGUUAGAAUUGAAUCAUUAAGAUCGUAUUGUGAAAACAAAUUUGGGGAGAGGACCUUCAUGGAGCUCUAUAAUUUCUUGAGAGACUUCGAGUUGAAAGAAAAUGAAGAUGAAGACAGUCAAGUGCAUGACGGCAUUGAGCGAAUUCUUGGAGAAGAAAAGUCUUCAAAACUUCCCUACAUCCAAAAGAUCCAUCAACUCAUUUUCUGUGAAGAUUUGUUUUACGGAUGA